AUUUUAGGUUCAUGGUGUGCCAUGGACCUUGCGGGGUCGUGCAUAAAAGAGAUAUUUAACAUACCAUAGUCUUUCCCCAAUCGGCUGGGGUUCUCGGCCGGUAGCUCGUACUCGUUGCACGUCGGCGUAAUGCGUGCUGAUUGAUCUCUAAACAAACAUGAGUCAACGCCGUACUCUCAUCGACUUCUGGCUCGCCUCAUCUUCCUCCAUCGCAGUCACACACACGGAGAAAGAAUAUUUCAAUGUUCAGAAGGAAGGCAGUCGGUAUUCUCCACAUAUGACACUUCGGAGAUCGAAAGGUAUACAUCCGAAUAUUCAUCAUUUUGAGGUCUUCCUUCUUCGUGUAUCCGCAAGACCGCAACGGGGUGAGAAAGAGACGAUGAUGGCAAGGACUUACCUUUUGUUUUGUUUUUAUAUUCGUUAGCGUCACCGUUGUUUGAAGAACGGGAUACGCUCUGUCAUUCGAGUCUGAAUGAACGAUGUCUUG